GUUUCUACUCGGACGUGUUUCAGUAAACUCUUCAUUUCCUGUUUUGCUGCGAAGCAAAAACGUGGGUGCAAUACACUGGUGUAUAGUAACAGUGUUAUGUGUGACCAGCCACUUUCUUACGAUGCAGGUUUCUAGUGUAAAUGAUGUGAAGAUUUAUAAUUUGAGUCAUGGGAAGUCUCUUCCAGAGUGGCUGUCAGAUCGGAAGAAAAGACAGUUACAAAAGAAAGACUUUGACAUCCAGCGGAGGAUUGAACUUAUUCAAGACUUUGAGAUGCCUACAGUGUGUACCUCUAUAAAAAUAUCAAGAGAUGGCCAGUAUAUCCUGGCAGCAGGCACUUACAAGCCUAGGCUUCGCUGUUAUGACACUUAUAACCUCUCCCUGAAGUUUGAGCGCUGUCUAGAUUCAGAUAUUGUGGCCUUUGACAUCUUGUCUGAUGACUACUCCAAGCUGGUGCUUCUGCACUCAAACCGCUAUAUAGAGUUCCAUUCCCAGCACGGACAUUACUAUGAGACACGGAUUCCAAAGUAUGGACGAGACUUUUCUUACCAUUACCCCUCCUGUGACCUUUAUUUUGUGGGGGCAAGUUCAGAGGUGUUCAGGCUAAAUCUGGAACAAGGACGCUUUCUGAACUCACUUCAGACUGAUGCUGUGGAGAACAACGUGUGUGAUAUGAACUCUGUUCACCAUUUGUUUGCCACGGGAUCCUCAGAGGGAAGGGUCGAAUGCUGGGACCCUCGCGUUCGUAGCAGAGUGGGCACAUUGGACUGUGCCUUGAGCAGCAUCUCUGAAGGGACAGAUGUUCAGAGUUUGCCCUCAGUCAGUGCACUGAAAUUUAAUGACUCCCUCUCCUUGGCUGUGGGCACCAGCACAGGCCAGGUUCUGCUCUAUGACCUGCGUUCCAGCCAGCCACUGCUGGUUAAGGAUCACUUCUACAGCCUGCCAAUCAAGUCACUCAACUUCCUCAAUCAACUGGACCUGGUUGUAUCUUCUGACUCCAAGAUUAUAAAAAUGUGGAACAAAGACAAUGGUAAAGUGUUCUCGUCCAUACAGCCUCAGACCAACAUUAACGAUGUUUGCUUGUACCCGAAUUCAGGAAUGCUCUUCACUGCCAAUGAGGAUCCUAAAAUGAACACCUUUUACAUUCCGGCUCUGGGCCCUGCACCUCGGUGGUGCUCCUUCCUGGACAACCUGACCGAGGAGCUGGAGGAGAGCCCAGAGAGCACAGUGUAUGAUGACUACAAGUUUGUCACCCGGAAGGACCUGGAAAAUCUUGGUUUGUCUCACCUGGUAGGAUCAUCUCUCCUGAGAGCCUACAUGCACGGCUUUUUCAUGGACAUAAGGCUCUAUCACAAGGUCAAAAGCAUGGCAAAUCCUUUUGCAUAUGAGGAUUACCGCAAGGACAAGAUCCGUCAGAAGAUUGAAGAGUCCAGGAUCGAGAGAGUACAGGUUAAGAAACUGCCCAGUGUAAACAAGGAACUUGCACUUAAGCUAAUGGAGGAGGGUGAUAAUGAAGCAGAGUUGGCUUCGAGGAAGAGGAAGGGCAAGUCAGUCCCCAGCAUCCUUGGAGAUGAACGCUUCAAGGUGAUGUUUGAAAAUCCAGACUACCAGGUGGAUGAGCAGAGUGAGGAGUUCCGCCUACUCAACCCCAUAGUAUCCAAGGUUGAACAAAAGAGGAAGAAGAAGCUGCGUCUGUUGGCCCAGCAGGCUGCUGCUUCCCAAAAGGCAGCUGAAGAGGAGGAAGAACUUGAGGGGCAAGCCAGCUCCGAAGAGGAGAGCUCAGAUGAUGACAAGAGCUGGGUGGAGGAGGUGCGGGAGCAGCGGCGGCUACUGAAGCAGGAGGACCGACACCGCCGGUGGCAGCAGCGGAAGGAAGCAGACCGCAACACCGUCCUGCUGGAUGGGAAACAGAACGCAGGGGAGGACACAUCAAAUUCCCUGGAAAACAAGAAGUCGAGCCAGCCUCUCUUUUAUCAGAUCAAAGCUGGCGAGGAGUUUAGAAGUUUUAAUGACAUUGCCAACAAGAAGAAGCUACAGAAGGCCUCUCUGGAGGACCGUCUGAAGUUGGAGGGGCACACAGGGCCCAGCAGUGUAGCAGACACUGCAGUUGGUAGCAAACAACUAACCUUCACUCUGAAAAAGUCAGAGCAGCAGAAGAUGCAGCUGCAGGCAGAGCAGGAUCACCAUGAGGAGAGGAAAAAGCUGAGGCGCUCAGCUGGACACCUUAGCAACAGGCGCAGGAGAGGCUGGGGUGGUGACAGAGGAAGAGGCCGCUACUGAGUCCACUCAGUGUGUUUACACCACAGAAGAAACAAUGAGGUCUCAUCCAGUAUCAACGUUUGUGGCUGAUACUAUACGCUACUGGUUUUAUAUCCAGAGACAUUCUUGUGCUAUAGUAGACUGACACUGACAGGCAGAGGCUGUCCUCCUGCUGGGUGGUCUGGACCAUGUGUUUAGCUGCUCUAAAUUCACAGCAUAUUAAAAAGAGUAUCCAUGCUGAAACCUGCGUACGUUAUGUGAUUGUGCAAUUGUACUAUGACUUCAUUUGCAGGAGUGGCCCCAGAAGGAAUUUGAAACAUAAUAAAAAGACAAGCUAUGCUGCCACAGG